AUGUCAAAUUAUAAUUAUGAGGUAGAAGAUGAAGAUGGAGCACCUUUUAAUUGGAUUCAUUUUGAAGGAAGAAAUGCACAAGAAGUAUCAAAAAUGAUUGAUUAUAUUGACAGUAAGGAUUGGAGGUCAAGGGCAAUUGUUAGUGUCGAAUUAGAGAAACCUUACCGUAAAGGCUUUGAAAUUUUGAUGAAUAAAUCAGAUGUUUUAUUUUUCUCAAAAGUAUUUGCUGAAGGCAAAGGCUAUACUAAUCCUAAUGAUUUCUUACAAAUAAUGUCACCUUUUUGUAAAAAAACUGCAUAUCUUUUUUGUACUUGGGGAAGUUUAGGAGCCACAUGUUAUCAUAAUACAACAUGUAAACUUUAUUCUGCAUCUGCUCAUAGAAUACCCAAUAUUGUUGAUUCUGUAGGUGCUGGUGAUACCUUUAAUGCUGGAAUCAUAUAUGGAUUGUCUCGAAAAAUGCCAAUUGAUGAAUGUUUAACAUUUGCAUGCGAGUUAGCAGGUCGUAAAUGUGCCCAAAUUUGGUUUAAUGGUGUAACAGAGGCAAUAAGAUGCGUUUAA